UCGCGCAAUGGAAGAGAUCAAAAAGGCACUGGCCGAGGCGGAUCCGUUCGCCAGCUGGUGGCCAUUCAUCGUGGCCGGCAUCGUGUUCGUGAUCGGCACUGUCAGGACGUACAUGGGCGGACAGCCCUGCCCGAACGGAAACACCAUCCCGGGCCGGGUGAUCGUGGUCACCGGUGCGACCGGGGGCAUCGGGCGCGAGGUGUGCCGUGAGCUGGCCCGCCGACAGGCGCGCUGUUUGAUCCUGGCGUGCCGUACCGUGGAGCAGGGCGACGCUCUGAAGGAGCAGCUGCGCCGUGAAGCUCCGGACUGUGUGUGCGAGGUGUCCGUGGUCGAUCUGCGUUCGUUCGACAGCGUGCGCCGGUUCGUGCGCCAGCUGCAGGCGCAGCAUCCGGCGGUGGACGCACUGGUGAACUGUGCCGGCGUGAUCUUCCAGCCCGGCGGACGCACGGCCGACGGCUACGAGCAGCACCUGCAGUGCAAUUAUCUGUCCCACUUCCUGCUGACGCAGCUGCUGCGGCCCCAGCUGGCCCGGUCGGCGCACGGCGGACGGAUCGUGAACGUGUCCGCCCACGGGUACACGGCGGCCAAGAUUGCCGACCGCGACGAUCCGCUCAAUCUGUGCCAACCGGCCCAAAGUGGACGGGACGCGUUCGCGCACUCGAAGCUGGCCAUCGUGCUGGCCAGCAGAGCGCUGGCAGGGAGGCUUACUGCGGAGGGGUGCAGCACCACCGUUAACUGCUGCUCGCCGGGGUUGGUUCGCGGCACGGGUCAUCUGCGCCACUCGCCGAUCAUGAAGGCACUGUUCGCGAAGGUGCUCACCUUCCCGUGGAUGUGGCUGUUCAUGAAGAGUCCGGCCCAGGGCGCCCACACGAUCGUGCGGCUCGUGACGGAUCCGGCACUGGCCGGCUGUACGGGGGACUUUUUCAACGACUGUGAACGGGUGGAGGUGUCCGAGUUGGCCAGAGACGACGAACUGGCCGACCGUCUGUACCGGGCCUCCCUCAGUGCGGUCGGUUUAACCGAGGACGCGGCCGGGGGAACCGUACGACCGAAGAAAGAGUAGCGUCAUGGAUGAACAUGAACUUUGGAGAUGGUACUUUGUAUGCCGGUACUGGUAAAUUAAACGAUUUUAGUGAACACAUCAGGUGGAAAUGAUGCUUUUGCUUAGUCUGUGUGUUAAUUUUACGGUUUUCGAAUCAAAUUUCAUUUAAACUAUUUAUCUUUGGUCAGGGUUUGUGUUAAUCUUUUGCGUCCCGAUAAGCCGCAAAGUGAGGAAUUCGGAAGGAAAAGGUAAGCAGCUCAUUUAAUAUGUCAUGUAUUGCAUACCUUCAGGCGCUUAGCAAGUUCGAAACGGAGUAGUAUUUACUUAGAGACUAUCCAUAGUAUUUCGAACCAAUCAGGACAGGAGUAAUGUAACCUUUCCUGCGUUACGAACAUGUUGUUACAUCAUUCUAAAAAUAAAUUAACAUUUUCAUGAAAUUAGAUGCUUGGAAAAUUAGCUUGGUAGUCAUAUAUUCCUUUUAUUUUGUAACAUUAGGGAGUCUUUGAUAUGGCUAAGAAGAUUAGUAAUUGGUCAGUAAACUCCUCCUGGUAUUAGUUUCAUAUUAAACGAUUCUUCGUAUUAAAUCUCUCCCUUAAAUGGGCGAUAAUGUGUUCUAUAUGCCAUUUUAAAUGUAAGUGUAUCCGCUGUUUAGUUCUGUUCAUUUUCAUGUAAUAUUUACAAGCAAAAGAAGAUUUUUUAAAUAAAAAAAGUAUUUGUCAGCACGUCAUACUUGGGUCC